AUGUCGAGCAAGGCGGCAUUGAAGGCCGUGCGGUCGGCCAUCGACUCAAAGGACUAUGCUACAGCAGUCGAGAAAGCGAGGAGUCUCGUACAGCAAGACCCGAAAAAUUACCAUGGGAACAUCUUCCUCGGACUCGCCUAUGACAAGCAGAAUAAGACUGAAGAAGCUGAGCAAGCUUACCUAGCGGCCACACGCAUUAAAGACAGCGAUCGCACAGCUUGGCAGGGUCUAGUCACCCUCUAUGAAAAACAAGGAAAUUCCAAGCUCGAUCCCUGGCACGACGCAGCUCUCCGUCUAGCCCAGAUAUUCGCCGAUGGCAAUGACAUGCACCGCUGUCAGGAUACGAUCGAUAAAUACACCAACAUUGCCCGGAGUCGAGGCUCCAAGGCCCAGUAUAAAUGUGCCCUGCAACUACAACUUCCAACCUCCCCGAUUUAUAGCAUCCUCGAAGGCCGAAUGCCCCACCCCUCCCAAACCUAUCUACGCCUAAUCGAGAUCACCGAAGCGGAAGAGAAGGAAUAUAUCAAUCGCGAGAUCGGAGAGCGAAGAACUCGUCUCGGAGCACGCCUCGACCAGGUGACGGUGGAAGUGAAGCGAGAGGCUUUCAAACGAAUGGGACUGGAGGACCUGUAUCGAGGCAUCAUCAACUGGACCAACGACGAUGAAGUUCGACGCCAGUACGAAGAAAAAUUGCUCGAACGCGCCUACGAUGAGUUGAAGGUCUUGCACCACAAGCAAAAGAACACCAAGAGAAGGGAAAUCCUCCGUGCUGCUCAGGAUAUGGUCAUUAUCAAGCACCCCUUUGAACUCGCAUGGACCAUUGUCCUAGAAUGGCAGGAUAUCGAAACCUACUCUCAAUGGGACGUCGGUGUUAUUCGCGAAUUUAUCGAAUUCUUUCCCGACAAUGGAUUGGGCAAGGUUCUCAAGGGCUUUCUUGCAAGCGAGCUUUCACCUUUCCCUAAGGAGGAAGCUUCGGAGGAUGAUGCAGUUACCGAAAUUACAGACAAUACAGAGUUCUCUGCGCAGGACCGCUUGAUCUUGAUGGUUGAAGGGCUUGAGAGCGCACGUUCAUCAAUCAUCGCACACCGGGUCAUGGCAGAUUUGCACCUCGUGCUUGAAGAAUAUGAGGGGGCCGCUCGGGUAGCUGGGGACGGGAUCAAAAAUGUCCAAGAAGUCUCUGGCUACACUGGAAUCAAUUUCAUCAACACAAAGGACUCACUCAACAUCAAUCUAGCCAACUCCUACAUUUACUAUCAAUCUCCUCGUUACCACCCCGAAGCCAAGGCGAUCUUUGAAGAGAUUCUUCAACGCAAUCCAACAUCAACAACGUGUCUUCUGGGUAUCGGUCUCAUCCUCCAGGUGGAUGAGGACUACGCAGAUGCCGUCUUGUUCUUAGAACGUGCUCUGGAGCGUGAUUCCACCAACAUCAAAAUUCGUGGCGAGCUCUUCUGGUGUAUGGCAUUGAAUGGGGAUUUCGAAACAGGUUUAGAGGGCCUCCUCGGUGCUCUCGACAGUCUGAAUGAGGAACAACCCGAAAACAAGGCAUUUAAGGCCGUGCUCCUGUACCGCGUGGGCUACUGCAAAUGGGAGCUUGAUCAAUCUCGAGCGGCUCGGAAGGACCGGAACGGAGCUUACUCUUACUUCCUCGCAUCUAUCACCGCCGAUAUGAACUACGCUCCGGCAUAUACCAGCCUCGGUUUCUACUUUGCGGAUUAUAAGAAAGACAAAACCAGAGCUCGGCGAUGCUUCCACAAAGCGUUCGAGCUUUCGACUUCCGAGAUUGAAGCUGCCGAGCGUCUUGCUAGGAGCUUCGCAGAUCAACGUGAGUGGGACCUCGUGGAGGUCGUCGCGCAACGAGUCGUUGAUUCUGGCAAAGCUAAGCCAUCACCUGGCUCGAAACGUAAGGGCUACAGCUGGCCAUAUGCAGCCCUCGGUACUGUGCAGAUCAACAAACAACAAUAUGCACGAAGCAUUGUUUCAUUCCAGGCAUCACUGCGACUUUCUCCGGGGGAUUAUCAUUCCUGGGUUGGACUUGCGGAGAGUUAUCACCAUUCUGGUCGCUAUGUUGCAUCCACCAAAGCCUUUGAGCAUGCGCGAGAGCUAGAAACUAAUCUUUCCGAAGAAGAGACGGAACACGUUUGGUUCGCACGUUAUAUGCUGGCAAAUGUGAAAAGAGAGCUUGGUGACUUCAAUGAUGCUGUUUCAAGUUACGAGGAUGUCCUCGCUUCUCGACCGGGUGACAUUGGCGUGACAAUUGCCCUACUUCAGACCCUAGCAGAGAGUUCUUGGAAAAGUGUGGAUUCGGGCUUGUUUCAUGACGCAGCGGAGCUAGCGUGCAGGGUGAUCCAGGUCGCAGGCUCGAUUGUGUCUGUUCGAUCUGACAUCUUUAACAUGUGGAAGGCUGUUGGUGAUGCUUGUGCCAUAUUCUCAUACAUCGGCAAAGAGGUUGGCAAGCUCUCCGCGGUCGACUGCAAAGCCCUGCUGUCUACCGGAAUCGACGAUGAAGCCCUUAACAUCAUGUUUGAGGUGGACGGAGUUGGAAAAGAUUGGCUUGACUCCAGCCUGGACGAUACUGUCUCGUCUGAUGCCUGCAUCCACUUGUCCAUCCUGGCUUACAAGCGGGCGAUCCACACUUCGAUCAAGGACACGCAUGCACAGGCAGUCGCAUGGUAUAAUCUAGGCUGGGCCGAAUACAGAGCAUUCCGAAACACACAUGUCGCGCCUGGUACGAAGAAGCCUCGCAAGUUCCUUAAGGCAGCAAUGCGAUGCUUCAAAAGGGCCAUCGAGCUGGAAUCCGGAAACUCCGAGUUCUGGAACUCGCUCGGCGUUGUAACAACAACGAUGAGCCCCAAGGUUGCUCAACAUGCUUUCGUCCGCAGCCUUCACCUCAAUGACAGAAGUGUUCAGGCCUGGACUAACCUGGGCGCACUUUACCUUCUCCAUAAUUCUGUUCAGCUCGCCAAUGAAGCAUUUACCCGUGCCCAGUCUACGGACCCCGACUACUCACAGGCCUGGGUUGGACAGGGCUUACUUGCCCUCCUCUACGGCGACAAAAAGGAAGCGCGUGGCCUCUUUGAGCACGCGUUUGACAUCUCAAAUUCUUCUGCUGUACUUCCCAAGCGACAGUAUAGUUUGACUCUUUUCGAUCACCUCCUCGCCGAUGAAUCAGCUUCUAACGAAGUAUCUCAACUCAUCCAACCGUUCUUCGCCCUCCACCAGCUCUGUGCGCAAGACCCCUCAGAUCUACCUUUCAUCCACCUCUCCGCCCUCCUGGCAGAGAGAAUGGGAGAAACUGCCGACGCCGAGGGCAGUCUUCAGACCGUCUGCUCUGGCAUGGAGACUGAGUUCGAAGCCUCAGAAUCUCCAGCUGCACUCUCUAGAUUCGCACAAGCCAACGCAGAUCUAGCUCGUGUUCUUCUUGCUUGUGGUGAUUACGAACAGGCCACAGAGAAAGCCGAGACCGCUCUCACGCUCUCCGGGGAGGAAGAUGCUAGCAACUUUGAUCCAGAGGGAUGCAGCAAGAUGCGAUUAUCCGCACACCUGACCGCUGGCCUCUCUUUCUAUUUCCUACAAUCAAUGGAUCAGGCUAUCGAUAUGUUCCGCGAUGCUCUACAAGAAGCCGAUAGUGCCCCAGAUGUAGUAUGUCUCCUUGCCCAAGUUCUCUGGGCCAAGGGUGGCGAAGAGGAGCGCUCGGUAGCCCGUCAGCAGUUAUUUGACUGCGUCGAGAACCACCCAGAGCAUGUCGGAGCCGUCAGUCUAUUGGGAGCCAUCGCAAUCCUAGAUGGAGACAGGGAUACAGUUGAGGCGGUUGAGUCAGAUCUUCACAACAUGAUCACUCGGAAUGAUAUCGAAAUCCAUGACCGAGCUCGACUGAUCAAACUUCUCGCUGCGAUCUCAAUCAUGGGCUCCGCUGGGGGGUAA